AUGCAGACCAAAUUCGCCGCCCUCCUUGCCCUCGCGGCCGCCGCCCGCGCCCAGCAAGUCUGCACCUCCCAAGCCGAGACCCACCCGUCCCUCACCUGGCAAAAGUGCGCCGCUGGCGGCACCUGCACCAACGUCGCCGGCUCCGUCGUCCUCGACUCUAACUGGCGAUGGGCGCACACCGUCGAGGGCUCGACAAACUGCUACACGGGCAACACGUGGAACGACACCCUCUGCGCUAGCGGGCAGGGCGCGGCCUGUGCGACAAAGUGCUGUGUUGACGGCGCGGACUACCCGGGCACCUACGGCAUCACCGCCAGCGGCAACGAGCUUAACCUCAAGUUCGUGACUACGCACGCCUAUGGAAAGAACAUUGGUAGCCGUGUUUACCUCAUGGAGAGCGAAUCGAAAUAUCAAGCCUUCACACUCUUAGGCAACGAGUUCACCUUUGAUGUCGAUGUUUCCAACAUUGGCUGCGGCUUGAACGGCGCUCUUUACUUCGUCUCCAUGGACCUCGACGGUGGUCUGUCUAAGUUCUCUACCAACAAGGCUGGUGCCAAGUACGGUACCGGAUACUGCGACUCGCAGUGCCCCCGCGAUGUCAAGUUCAUCAACGGUGUUGCCAAUGUCGACGGCUGGAACCCCUCCAGCAACGACGCCAACGGUGGUGUCGGUAACCUCGAGGCCAACAAGAUCUCCACGGCCUACACCCCUCACCCCUGCCAAAACAGCGCCUACCACUCCUGCACAGGCAACGCCUGCGGCGGAACUUACUCCACCGACCGCUACGCCGGCGACUGCGACCCCGAUGGAUGCGACUUCAACUCCUACCGCCAGGGCAACAAGCUCUUCUACGGUCCCGGCUCCGGCUUCACCCUCGACACCACCCAGAAGCUCUCCAUCGUCACCCAGUUCAUCAAGGGCUCCGACGGCGUCUUGUCCGAGAUCAAGCGCUUCUACGUCCAAAACGGCAAGGUCGUCCCCAACUCCGAGUCCACCAUCGCCUCGAACCCGGGUAACUCCCUCACCACCGACUUCUGCACCAAGCAGAAGCUCGCCUUUGGCGACACCGACGUCUUCAAGGCAAAGGGCGGCUUCGCCAAGAUGUCCGAGGCCGUCGCCGCGCCCAUGGUCCUCGUCUUGUCGCUCUGGGACGACCACUACGCCAACAUGCUCUGGUUGGACUCAACCUACCCCGUCGACGGCGCAGGCAAGCCCGGCGCCGAGCGCGGCUCGUGCCCGACUACCUCUGGCGUCCCCGCCGACAUCGAGGCCAGCGUCCCCAACUCCAACGUCAAGUUCUCCAACAUCAAGUUCGGCCCCAUCAACUCCACCUUCGCCUCGGGCUCCGUCGUUAACCCCGGAACCGGUACCACUACCACCUCGGCCCGCCCCAGCACCAUUACUACGUCGGUCCGUACGUCGUCUACCGCGCCCGCUACCGGUACCGUCGCCAAGUACGGCCAAUGUGGUGGCCAAGGGUGGACUGGAGCUACUGCUUGCGUUUCUGGCAGCACUUGCACCGUCGUCAACCAGUGGUACAGCCAAUGUCUCUAG